UUUUAUCCCCCUCUUAGAUCCCCAGCUGGGACCGUGUUCUAAUCCCCCCAGGGCCCAAUAAUUCUCUAGAUCCCCAAGUUUCCUGUUCAGCCCUGUUCUAAUCCCACCCCUUAUUCCCUGCUUUGUUCUGAGUUUGGCUGGGAUCCUGGUUUGCUGCUGUCUAAUUCUCCUUCUCUUCUCUUCCCCCUAGAUGGCCCUGCGUGGCCCCCCGGGACCCAUGGGAUACACUGGCCGGCCUGGGCCCCUGGGGCAGCCAGGGGGCGCCGGGCUGAAGGGGGAAGCCGGAGACUUCGGACCCCAGGGACCCCGCGGGCCGCAGGGCCUGUCUGGCCCCCCGGGGAAGCCUGGAAGGAGGGGUCGUGCUGGAGCCGAUGGUGCCCGGGGGAUGCCCGGGGAGCCUGGCGUUAAGGGCGACCGAGGCUUUGACGGGUUGCCGGGGCUGCCGGGGGACAAGGGGUACAGGACUGACGUCCGGAGCGACGCAGGGGCAGCCGAGCCCUUCUGGCCUCAGAAUCUACUCACAGUCUUACGCACCCUGCGCAACGCACACAGCCGAGACGAUGGAGAGGUCGGCCCCAGAGGGCUCCCUGGAGAACCGGGACCCAGAGGUUUGCUUGGACCCAAAGGCCCACCGGGGAUCCCCGGGCCUCUGGGCGUGCGUGGCAUAGAUGGUCCCACUGGGCCCAAAGGGAACCUGGGGCCGCAAGGCGAGCCUGGUCCCCCAGGUCAGCAGGGAACUCCAGGCCUUCAGGGAUUACCGGGACCACAAGGUGCUAUGGGCCCCCCCGGAGAGAAGGGUCCCACAGGCAAACCUGGCCUCCCCGGCAUGCCAGGGUCUGACGGGCCUCCCGGGCAUCCGGGGAAGGAAGGUCCGUCGGGAACCAAAGGUAACCAGGGUCCGUCCGGUCCCCAAGGUCCGAUUGGCUACCCAGGCCCACGUGGUGUGAAGGGCGUGGAUGGAAUUCGGGGGCUGAAGGGUCACAAGGGUGAGAAGGGGGAGGACGGAUUCCCCGGGUUCAAAGGUGACUUCGGGGUGAAAGGAGACAGGGGCGAGGUGGGUGUCCCAGGAGCCAGAGGAGAGGAUGGACCGGAAGGUCCCAAAGGCCGGACCGGACCCUCGGGUGACCCGGGUCCCCUUGGACUGGUGGGAGAGAAGGGGAAGCUGGGCGUACCAGGUCUUCCCGGAUACCCAGGACGGCAAGGCCCGAAGGGAUCUCAGGGCUUCCCUGGAUUCCCUGGCACCAAUGGUGAGAAGGGUGCUCGGGGUCUAUCCGGGAAGCCCGGGCCCCGGGGUGAGCGCGGCCCCUCGGGUCCCAGGGGCCAGCGGGGGCCACGAGGAGCCACUGGAAAGCUGGGGGCGAAGGGCACCUCUGGCGGUGACGGCCCCCAUGGCUCUCCCGGGGAAAGGGGACUCCCGGGCCCCCAGGGGCCAAACGGCUUCCCCGGACCCAAAGGGCCACCGGGCCCCCCUGGCAAGGACGGGCUUCCCGGGCACCCCGGUCAGCGAGGAGAAGUCGGUUUCCAAGGCAAGACGGGCCCCCCCGGCCCCCCAGGAGUGGUGGGACCUCAGGGCGCUUCUGGGGAGUCUGGUCAGAUGGGGGAGAGAGGUCACCCAGGCCCCCCCGGGCCCCCGGGAGAGCAGGGCUUGCCAGGACCCUCUGGGAAAGAAGGAACCAAGGGAGACCCCGGCCCCCCGGGAGCCCUCGGGAAAGACGGCCCGGCUGGACUGCGCGGUUUCCCCGGUGAGCGUGGGCUGCCCGGCACCCCGGGUGGCACGGGGCUGAAAGGGAACGAGGGGCCGGCCGGACCCCCAGGACCUGCAGGCUCCCCCGGCGAGAGAGGUGGCCCUGGGCAGGGCGGCCCCAUCGGACCCCCAGGCAGACCGGGCCCCCAAGGGCCACCAGGCCCCGCUGGAGAGAAAGGAGUUCCUGGUGAGAAAGGUCCCAUAGGCCCCGCUGGCCGCGACGGAGUCCAGGGUCCCGUUGGGCUGCCCGGCCCAGCGGGGCCCCCAGGGGGUGCUGGUGAGGACGGCGACAAGGGCGAGGUGGGCGAGCCGGGCCAGAAGGGUGGCAAAGGCAACAAGGGAGAACACGGUCCCCCAGGCCCCCCAGGUCCCAUGGGCCCAGUUGGGCAGCCUGGAGCAGCCGGGGCUGAUGGGGAGCCGGGCGCUCGGGGCCCCCAGGGCCACUUUGGGGCAAAGGGCGACGAAGGAACCCGUGGAUUCAACGGGCCGCCUGGCCCCAUCGGGCUGCAGGGUCUGCCGGGCCCGGCGGGGGAGAAGGGCGAGACAGGUGAUGUGGGCCCCCUGGGCCCCCCAGGACCACCGGGGCCACGUGGCCCAGCCGGACCCUCCGGAGCCGACGGACCCCAAGGCGGCCCCGGAGGCAUCGGCAACCUGGGCCCCCCCGGAGAGAAGGGUGAGCCUGGCGAGUCGGGGGCCCCCGGCAUCCCUGGGGAGCCAGGAGUCAAGGGCCCCCGCGGGGAGCGAGGGGAGAAAGGAGAGACCGGUGCCGCUGGCACAUCGGGACCCCCGGGGGGGAAAGGGCCCCCCGGAGACGAUGGGCCCAAGGGGAACCCUGGUCCUGUUGGUUUCCCAGGGGAUCCAGGCCCCCCAGGUGAAAUGGGCCCCAGGGGCCAGGACGGGGCGAAGGGCGAGCGAGGCGAGGAUGGGGAACCCGGGCAGCUGGGCUCGCCAGGCCCGACAGGAGAGAAUGGCCCCCCAGGCCCCCCAGGGAAGAGGGGUCCCGCAGGCUCCCCGGGUCCCGAGGGGCGUCAGGGCGAGAAGGGCACUAAGGGCGAGCCAGGAGCCGUGGGACCCCCUGGCAAGACCGGCCCCGUGGGGCCCCAGGGACUGGCCGGCAAGCAGGGGCCUGACGGGCUGAGAGGCAUCCCUGGCUCAGUGGGAGAACAAGGCAAGCCGGGGGCGACGGGCCAGACGGGCCCCCCUGGACCUGUGGGCCCCCCGGGGCUGCCCGGCCUCAAAGGGGACUCCGGACCCAAAGGAGAGAAGGGCCACCCCGGUCUGAUCGGCCUGAUCGGGCCCCCGGGCGAGCAGGGAGAGAAAGGGGACCGGGGCCUGCCUGGCCCGCAGGGCUCCCUGGGGUCCAAAGGAGAGACCGGGAUCCCUGGUGCUACCGGCCCCAUCGGCCCCGCCGGGCCCCCGGGUUUGCCGGGCACGGCCGGUCCCAAGGGUGCAAAGGGAGCCACGGGACAAGCCGGCCCCAAGGGUGAGCGAGGUGUCCCCGGCCCCCCCGGACACCCGGGCCCCCCCGGGGAGGUGAUCCAGCCGCUGCCCAUCCAGCUGCCCAGGAAGAGCAAGCGGUCGAUCGACGCCAGCCAGCUGGUGGGCGAGGACGGGGAGGGGCUGGCGGCGGACGGGGCCCACGGCCACGCGGGCGGCAUGGACGAGAUCUUCGGCUCCCUCAGCGCCCUCAAGCGGGAGAUCGAGCAGAUGAAGCACCCGAUGGGCACCCAGGACAACCCGGCCCGCACCUGCCAGGACCUGCGGCUCUGCCACCCCGACCUGCCCGACGGCGAGUACUGGAUCGACCCCAACGAGGGCUGCUCCCGGGACUCCUUCAAGGUGCAUUGCGACUUCACGGCUGGCGGGGAGACCUGCCUCUUCCCCACCAAAGAGACGCAGAAGGUCCAGAUGUCUGUGUGGCAGGAGGAGAAGCCCCCGCGCUGGUUCAGCCAGUUCCGGGAAGGAAGGAAGUUCUCGUACGUGGACGCGGACGGGCGCCCGGUGGGCGCGGUGCAGCUCACCUUCCUGCGGCUGCUCAGCGUGGCUGCCCGGCAGAACUUCACCUACCACUGCCAGCGCUCGGUGGCCUGGCGCAGCGCCGCCUCCGGGGGCCACCAGCGCGCCCUCCGCCUCCGGGGCGCCAACGAGGAGGACAUGAGCUACGACAACAGCCCCUACAUCACGGCCCUCACCGACGGCUGCGCGCGGCGGAAGGGCCCGGACAGGACGGUGCUGGAGGUGAACACGCCCCGCGUGGAGCAGCUCCCCCUGCUGGACGCGCACUUCACGGACUUUGGGGAGCCCAACCAGAAGUUUGGGUUCGAGGUGGGACCCGUCUGUUUCCUGGGCUAAGACCAAGCCCCGUGAGCCCUGCCCUGGUCCCUGAGGGAAUGUCCCAGCCUGGCCCAGGCCCCACCAUCCCCCGAGCAGCGAAGCUACGGGACCUACCGGCCACCCGAGGGAUGGACCUGCCACGACGACCCAAAGCCACUGAGACCGAUGCACCCGGCGCCGUCUCCCGCUGGGACCAGGGACCGGAGAGAGACACCGAAGAGACGUCACUGCUUAGAGCCUCCUGUAUUUUAACGUGUAGCGAGAGGACAGUUACACCCACGCGCUGGCUGGAUCCCUCGGAGCCCCACAAUCCUCCAGCCAGAGCUCCCAGAAUGCCCAGCUACAUCCCUCAUUGCCUGUGGGCCAUAUUCCCCAGAGUGUCUCAGGGCUCACCCUCCAUAUCUCCCAGAGCCCCUCAGCUCUAACCCCAGACUGGAGCCACCCCGAAACGAUGGACCCGGUACCCCAAUUUCCCUCUGACUGGGGAGCAAAGCCAUUAAUGUCUAAUGAACAUUGUGAGAGAACCAGAGUUAAUUAACGUCAGCAGGGCGGCCGGCUCCCCUGUGCCGGGCAGCAUCGUGGAUAGAGGACCUGGGUUAACCCCCGUGGGCUCCUGUCCCUGCUCCCCACAGUGCUGACACCUGUCACAGUGACCACAACCGUCAUGCUUCAGGGCAGGUGCCAGCCUGCAGGGAUGGGGUCAGGAGGAAACUUCCUCCUCACUGAGGGUUCGUUUAAUUCCUGUUUUAGUCACCUCCUGCAGGGUCCCUGCCCCCCCCCCCCCGUACUAAUUCACAUUUCUUCUUCCUUUGCCAUUAAUCUCAGUGGGGUUCUCUGCUCCCCUCCCCCACUAUGGUAAUUAGUAUUGAUUUGUGAGGCUCCAACCCCUCCCCCACUGGACUAAUUAAUAUCAAAGGAACAAAACAUAUUAAUUAAUAUCAGUGGGGUGCCCCCCCUCCCCCUGGUACUAAUUAGUGUUAAUUGACAUGGACAGGGCUCCAUGGCCCUUCUCUGCCCUACCCGUGCUCUGUGCCUUCCCUGCGGUAUCAGUUACAAUAAUGAACAAACCCUGUUAAUUAACAUCUCCCCAGGGCUCAGAUCCCCCCACCCCCGGCUGUUUGCAAGGGAUCGUUGCUCUGGGUGUAUUUUAAAAGCCUUCACUGAUCUCCCCCCCGUGGGAGAAGCCGAGGAGCGAAGAGACAGACGCUGGUUGGAUUGUUUUAUUUUAAAUUAAUUCUAUUAUUUAAGAUGUGGAGACACACAGGGGUCUGGGCCCUGCCGCGGAGUUUGAAUCCCACACGAGCCCAGCGCUCCGGCGACGCUGCCCGUCCUGCAGCUGGGGGCUGGGGGGGGGGGGGGAUCCAAUUGAUUUUCUCGGGGCCACCGGACACACGUUUCACGGGGCGACUGUCUUGGCUUUUCGGGGUCUGACAGGCAGCGGGCGCCCCCGGUGCUGAGCCGGUGGCCGGUGGAAGGUUUGUAAGUAAUGUUGGAAGUUGUGUUGUAAUA